AUGUCAUCUUCAUAUUUAAUAGAUAAAGAAGAAUUAAUAAAAAGUUAUGAAAAACAAUUGAGUGAUUAUGAUAAAGAAUUUAAUGAGUUAUUAAAAGAACUUUCUUGGGAAAUUGAAUCAUUGGAAAUUAAACAAAAGGAAUAUGAUUCAUUGAAAUCAUGCCCAUUUGACAUAGCUCAUAAAUUUCCUGAAAAAUCAUACGAUGAACAUUAUAAAAAAUGUGAAUUAAAACACCAUGGUAUUAGAAAUGAACGUGGAAAAAGAAAACUGCCAAGUUCAAAGUUUUUUUAUCAAAAUGCAAGUUCGGUUGUUUCUUUUGAAAAAGGAUUUUCAAAUAUUGGCGUAGGAUCGAGUCUUUCAGUUGAUCAAAGACUUGAGGAAUACACAAAAAUUAUUGAAUUAGCUGAUAAGAUUCGUUCUGAAAAUAAUCUAUUAAAUAAUGACCCUUAUAAAAACUUUGAUGAAACAUGGGACGCAAUACAAAAGAUGAAAGAACAAAAUCAAGGACAAAAAUCACACGAAGAAUUAUUAGCUGAACAACGUGACUAUAAACGCAGAAGAAGGUCAUAUAGAGCCAAAAAUAUUAGAAUAACUCAACGAACACCCACACAAGUAUAUCGCGAUCUUAUUGCUGCAUAUACGGAUGACUUUAGAUUAUUAGCAGAAUUUGAAAAUAAAAU